CAAAAUGGUCGUUUUUAUGCAGAUUUUCAUAUUACAUGCAUUUUAUCUAAAAUGGAUUGUUUGUGCAGAAGAAGGAGUAUGCUAUAUAGGAGAUUCAAAUAAGACGAUAGAAUGUUGUUCUGGCUUUAGAAAAAUAAAAAGUGAAUGCACUGAGUGUGUUGGUUUCUUCGGAGAUAAUUGCGAAAAACAAUGUGUGGAUGGAUAUUUCGGAAAAUCGUGUAAAGAGGUUUGCAACUGUACUAAAUCAGAAACCUGUAAUCAGUACGUGGGGUGCAUCGAAAACAAAAGUAAACUAGAUUCGGAAAAAGCACCAACUAAGAAAGACAACAAAGAAGCAUGCCCGCUUGUUAGACUAAUGGUUCCUGCAAUAACGACUUUGCUGAUUCUAAGUUUCAUCAUGUGUUUUAUGAUCUGCUUAUAUAGAACACGAAGACAAGGAAAGUAUAAAGUGGACCAAGCCAUGAAAAUGAAGUCAAUCCCACAGAAAAAGUCACAAAACAUUCAGUUGAUUCGUUACAUCAGCAAUGCACACGAACAUAGACAAUACAGUGACAUCGAUAUUACGAAAUACACGUAUAAUAGAGAAUUUGAAAAGCACGUGACACAUGACUACAGUCGAAUCAUAUUCACUAAAUUUACGUCAGUGGAUAUCCCAGCAGACCAGUACAGUACGGUCAUCAUACGUAAGCCACACGUACUGGAGGAUGGAGAAAGUGAAAGCAGCACAGACACUUCUGAUGGAGGAGAUAUGCAAGAACGUUUGAGACACCCCUCCACUGGCCAACGUAGUGCAGGAAACUCUUUCACUGACCAACGUAAUGCACAAAACUCGAGACCUUAUAGUCUAGUUCACCCGAAUGGAUUUGACGAAGUCUGAUUUUACCAUCUAGGUAUCUCUAUCGGGACUAGAAAGUUUAUGAUUAGACGAAGAGAGUUAUACAACUUUAUUAUUCAUUAUCAUUUCAUAUCGCUUUCAUCAUAUAUUUGUUAAAUACAUUGCAUUGGUCGA